AUGCAUGAUCUCCCACGAAAGGCUUUGAUUGCUGUCAGCAGCGCCCAUCCUCCAUUCUACCUGGAUGGGAAAAAAACUGGACUCUCAUUCCCCGAGGCUUUGCACGCGUUCAACGAACUAGUGGAAGCGGGCUUCGAUAUCGAUAUUGCGUCAGAGACAGGCACGUUUGCCUACGAUGACCAUUCACUAAAUUCGCACAAUUUAUCCCAUGAAGAUCAGCGGAUCCUUCAAAGUUUCGAUUACCCCUUUCAUCACAAGAUGAAAAACCAGGUAUUCAGAGCUGGUGAUUUAUCCGCACACGAAUAUGGACUUUUCUUCGCAGCUGGGGGUCACGGCGUAAUGUAUGACUUCCCGCAUGCUCGCCAUUUGCAGGCCAUCGCGGAAGAUAUUUACGAUCGCGGCGGCGUGCUUGGUGCGGUAGACCAAGCGCCGGUUAUUCUCGCAGGCAUAAGCACUCGGGAUGGCGAACCGAUCCUUAAGGGUAAGGAGAUUACGGGCUUUCCAACGAAGGGCGAGGUUGAGUUGAAAGUCAUAGACAAAAUCAGAGACGACAAUCUCAAAACCGUAGAGGAGAUGGCUCAAGCUGUCAAUGCUCAUUACUUACCGCCGGCGCACAACUUCGAUGACUUUAGCCAUAUUGAUUCGAGGAUUGUUACUGGAGCGAAUGCCACGAGCGCCACAAGCGCUGUGAGGAAUGCUAUUAAAGUGUUUGAGGGGGCUGUGGGUGAGUUUUAA